GCAGAGCAGCAGAAGUGUUCUCAAUUCUACUUGCUUUAAACGCGCGUAUCUAUCAAAGCUGCGAGUCAAAGCUGCGAGUCAAACAUGGUCGCUCAGGCACUCUUCGUUUUCAUCGUCGGGCUCCUCGGAGUUCGUUACUGCGCUGGUUCUGUCGCAGUUCCUCCACAGCCGGAAUGCGGAAUGAACGAGAUUCCUGCUGAUUCAUCCCAGUGCCCGGAAAGAUACUGUGGGGGCCAGAACUCGAUGCCCCAAAACGACAGGGAUAUGCAUCGUCCUUGCGUCUGCAGGCCGGGUUACGUGCGUAACUCCAAAGGAGAGUGUAUCUCGGCCUCAGACUGCAAUAAGUGCAGGGUAUCAGAUCCGUUCUCGGAAUACCAGGAGUGCGGCACCGCAUGCCCCUUGAUAUGCGGGGAGCCCGUGCCUGAGGUGUGCAUCCUGCUCUGUGUCGCUGACUGCUUCUGCUUGCCGGGUUACAUAAGAUCCAGCAAGGACGGCCCCUGCGUUCCGAUUGACACCUGUCCCCCAAAAUGCGGGCCUCACGCUCAUUACACAACGUGCGCUUCCAACUGUCCAGCAGUCUGCGGCGAGGAGCCUGUGUUUUGCACUCUAGUCUGCUUACAAGGGGGCUGCGACUGCGACGAGGGCUACAUUCUCAGUCCGGACCGGUCUCGAUGCAUCUCUGACGAAGAAUGCAGAUGCAUGCGGCCGCCUCGACAGUAACCGCUCCUACCCACCUUAUCGAGCAUCAAUAAAUUGGAAUAUUGGG